AUGCGUCACGCACUUCCACUCGGCUUCCUCGUCGUAUUUGUGUCAGUGUUUGCGCGCCGUGACACCGGUUGCGCAUUCUGCGAAAGGCUGUCACAGCAGCAGUUGCAGCUGCGACAGCUACAACAGUUGUCGCAGCAUCAACUGCAACAGCAACAGGGAUACAGGACGAUAGGUAGCCCAAGGCCUUUCGGCGCUGAGAAACCGACUAGGGUGCAGGAAUUCAACAGAACCGGCGUGCUACACCCCGAGUACCAGAUACCGGCCACCCUCCGACCUGGUAACGUGUCUCAGUUCUAUUACCUGAGUCCACGCGAGGGACCACCUCUCACGUUACUUGUUAGCCCUUGCAGCGGCCCGAUAUCAUGGACUGUCAGUUACGUCGAACCACCGGAAAACAGCAAAAAAACAGAAGGAACAAAAUUGCAAACACGAUGGCCAGUGAAGAGUUUGAAGCCGGGGUCACCCCUUUUCACCUACGAGGGCGCGGAGGAUCAGAAUUUUACGAUAUCGAAGACGCGCGCUGGUCUCUAUUGGUUCGAAAUUAAAUCUGUGGAUCCUUCUGAUGCCAAUUUGCAAAAAUUCACACCAACCACGGUGCUUCUAUACGCCACGUCUAGUAACCUGGGCCACAUCCCGGUGAUGUAUGCAAACGAGAAGGAAAAUCAUCACCGUUCCUUAAGAUUUCAACAAAGAAGAAGCAAACGUCGACUUACUAUAUCGUGGAACAAAAGCAACAUAGAUCCCCAUCUCUCGCACUACUGUUUAGCUGUAACAUCAGGAUCUCAGUCUCACCCGUUGACCCUUUGCGCGGCGCAGAAUAUUUUACGCAUCCAUCCGCACCCAACGAAAAGGAGUUCCUCCUCGAAGGAACAGCAACAUCGGGGCAUUCCGGAAGGACUUCAUUGCGUGCGUCAAACAAAAUUGACGCUCCACAGGAUGAAGUACGAUACUACGUACAAUUUUACUUUAUACGUGGUAAAUACGCGAAACAACGUGUCAAAUCGAAUAGCAACCGAUACCAUAAGAUUUCGGAAAACGCCGGAAUUAAGGUUACGAACUGGACAUUAUGCUACUGCCAGUUUACGUAAAACUGACGGAUUCAUCAACUUCCGCUAUCGUCCUCCGGGAAAUACUUCGAGUACCUUUCAUAUUCUUCCCUGCGGUGGCGGCAUCGUUAAAGCGAAAUUAAGUGGCCCAGGAAUUUUAAAGGAAAAGGAGGUGGUAGGAUAUGCAUCGUUAAGGAUACCACCUUUAACUGCAGGAAAGACAUACACAUUACGGAUAUCCGCCACACCACAGGAAUUAGUACGAAUAUCCGCCAUUAAAGUACUGGCUACCCAAGAAUCAUCUAAGAUAUAUCCACAGAUACCAUCCAGAAGUACACCGCGCGAGUAUAGAUCCCUAAGAACUUGUCGUGAGGUGACGAUAGGGGUAGAAUCGGCAGGUUCUGCGAAAUAUUGCAUCCUAGUCCGAGAAUUAAAGAACGGCACGUCGUUGAACAGCGUGACAACAAUUCCAGACCAGUGUGGCCUUCAUCGUCGAAGACGUUCCGAGUAUACUUUCGAGGUCUGCGAAGAAAAACAGAGUCCACCUAAAGAACGAGCGCUCGCGUUCACCCUUAAGAGGUUGCAACCUGGAAAGGCUUACCUCUUACAGAUCACGGCUCAGCUGAAGGGCCAAUCUUUGUCCUAUCCGUUGUUAGUUGUACGCACCCGACGUUCCUGUCUACCUUGA